AUGACAUUGAUGCAUGCCUACUGUUUAGUUGCAGUUGAGUCAGUUGGCAGAAAAAUUCCCAUUGCCUUCCUGGAGCGGGUUAAGGAUGAUUUCAACAAGAAAUACGGAGGAGGAAGAGCUGCCACUGCUGUUGCUAACAGCCUCAACAAGGAGUUUGGGUCCAAAAUGAAAGAGCAUAUACAGUAUUGUGUGGACCAUCCAGAGGAGAUCAGCAAGCUUGCAAAGGUUCUGGCACUCCUAUCAAUUGAUGAUAUAGCUGCCCUUCAGGUAUAUUUACUUGUUUUCCUGUUCAAAGGUUCCAUGAUCCUAAUGCAUCACAUAACUCUCUUGUGGAAUGCCAGAAUAAAGUUUCUCAGUUCUACUUCAGCAUUGUUAAUAGCAUGCCAGGUGCUAAUAUUAUUGUUUCUGUGGUUGCUUAUCUGCAUUGGUUAAUGACCAUUUUUCUUUUGGUUUUCGAACUCUAGCUUUCUUUUGGUUAUGUGAUUCAGGUUACAUUUCUUGUCAUUUGGUUUUAGUACUCUAGCUUUCUUUUGUGGCUCUGCCAGUAAGCAAUAAAAGAUGUUUCCACUUACUGUUUAAAAGUACAUUAUUACAUUGGAUUCUCUUAAAAUUGUGGAUCACUCACUUUGAGAGAGUGGCAACCCACAUUCUUAUUAUGUUAACUUUCUUCUCAAAUGCACGGUGCAAUUUGAAAUCAAUUGCCUUGGAUUAAAUACUUACUGUUGCUUUUUGAACUUUGUAACUUCUAUAGCUUGAAUGAAUAGAAUGAUUUUUUUUUAUUUUUUUUUUAU